AUGAGCGCUCCUCAGAUCACCCUCUACUUUGACAUUGGCAGUCCUUUUAGCCACAUCGCAUUUCAUGUCCUGAAGAACUCCCCCGUCUUCUCAAAAUGCGAGAUUCAAUACAUUCCCGCAUCCAUGAAAGACAUCUUUCAACUGUGCCAGAACGCACCUCCCCUUGCAGUCAAGAACAAGUCACCAUGGCUGAACCGCGAGCGUCUGUAUUGGGCUCGUCGAUUCGAUGUCCCGAUGUCACGUUCGAUCCCUAAGGGCUUCCCUGCAUCGACCGUUCACCUCCAGACCGCCCUUGCAUUGGUUGCCCAACAGGCACCCGAGAAGCUUGUUCCGAUCGCCGAGAAGCUUUACGAAACAUUUUGGGCGAACGGCGACACGACUAUCAUCACUCCGGAGAUGUUCUCGCCUGUCUUUGAGAACGAACUCGGUGGGGAUGUGGCGAAAGCGAUCUUGACUGAAUCGACCGAGCCCAAGGGCAAGAGUCUCUUCGAUGAGAAUACGCAGAAAGCGUUUGCCUCUGGCGCUUUCGGUCUGCCGUGGUUUGAAUGCACUAACGCCGAGGGAGAGAAGGAGGAGCACUGGGGUAUUGACCACCUCGGUCGCGUGGCGGACUUCUUGCGCUUGGAUACGACCGUGGACCCGUCGUUCAAAGUGUUGCUUUAG